UUGAGAUACUAUUGGAAUAAAGACGAUACUGGUAGAGAGAACUGUUGGGUUAUGAUGGUCCAGACGGACUUCCCCUAUGGGUACGAGUAUCUUGGCAACACCUUCCGACUUGUAAUAACCCCACUCACUGACAUGUGCUAUAUGACUCUAAUGGGAGCCCAAAGCCUCAAUCUAGGAGGGGCGCCUGCUGGCCCUGCUGGUACGGGAAAGACCGAGACCACCAAGGAUCUUGCUAAGGCCCUGGCCAAGCAGUGUGUUGUAUUCAACUGCUCUCCUGAGAUGGACUACAUUAUGGUUGGCAAGUUCUUCAAGGGUCUUGCCUGUUCUGGAGCAUGGUGUUGUUUCGAUGAGUUCAAUCGUAUCUACAUAGAAGUGCUCUCCGUGAUAGCCCAGCAGCUGUUGGUCCUAUUUGGUGCUAAGGCCGAGCUGAGCAGCUACUCUGAAUCAAAGGAGUUGGAAUUUGAGGGUUCUACUAUCAAUAUGAGGCCGACCUUCAACGUAUUCAUCACCAUGAACCCUGGGUAUGCUGGUCGAACUGAGCUACCUGACAACCUACAGGCACUCUUCCGACCAAUGGCUAUGAUGGUCCCUGACUACGCCCUCAUCGGUGAGAUCAUGUUCUAUGCCUAUGGCUUUGCAUCGGGUAGAGCGUUGGCGCAGAAGAUGGUCAGCACGUUCAAGUUGAGCAGUGAGCAGUUGUCUAGUCAAGAUCAUUAUGACUACG